GUUACAUUAAUAUAUAUAAUAGUUAAUUAAAGCAAGUAAUUAAUGUGACCGUUGGAAUCAAAUAUAUAGAUGCAUUGUAAAAAUUAGGAGAGAUACCUAUUGUAUAUAUAAAGAGAGGGAGUUUCGUACAGGUAAGUAGCAAGCAUAAAAAAAAAAAAAAAACAAUAUGGGUAUCAAGAAGCCGAUCAUCAUCAACAUAAUUGGUAUAAUGGCUACAUUCCUCUUGGUGGUGUCAUCUAAUAUUGCAAACUCUCAACAAUAUUACAGCCUAUUUGAUGUGACAAACAAUGGAACGAUAUUGCCUAACGAUGAUAUAACUCAGUCUUUGCUGAAAGGUUGGAGAGAUGCAUGUUCUUCUAGUAGUCCAAGUAAAGUGGUGGUGCCUAAGGGGAUAUUCAAAUUAAGUAACGCGUCUCUACAAGGACCCUGUAAAGCUCCCAUUGAGUUUAAUCUUCAAGGGAUAUUGCAGGCACCACCGGUUGACAAAAACUUUAAAGGAGGUGACACUUGGAUCGCUUUCGAGUACAUCGACUACCUCACUGUUUCCGGCGGUGGCAUUUUCGAUGGCCAGGGAAAAAACACUUGGGGCAAAAAAUGUGAUGAGGAUGAGUACUGUAAGGACCUCCCUAUUAAUGUAAGAUUCAACUUCGUAACAAACUCCUUAGUCCAAGAAGUAACAUCCCUAGACAGUAAGCAAUUCCACGUGAACGUAUUAGGAUGCCAAAAUCUAACGUUUCAACACGUGAAAAUCAUUGCCGCUGAAGACAGUCCCAACACAGAUGGAAUCCACAUAGGUCGUUCGAGUGACGUUAAAGUGUUGGACUCACAUAUUGAGACGGGCGACGACUGUGUCUCGGUGGGCGAAGGAAGCAACCAAAUAACAAUCUCCAAGGUCACCUGCGGACCUGGCCACGGCAUCAGCAUUGGAAGCCUUGGAAAAUAUCCGAACGAGGAGCCGGUCAGUGGAGUGACCGUGAAGAACUGCGUGCUUAAGAACACCCAAAACGGCGUGAGGAUCAAGACGUGGCCUCAUUCUCACGAGGGAAGGGCCACUGAUUUGCAUUUCGAGGACAUUAUAAUGGAUGGGGUGGGGAAUCCGGUGCUAAUUGAUCAAGAGUAUUGCCCAUGGAAUCAAUGUGAUUCAAAAUUACCCUCGCGUGUUCAGAUCAGUGGAGUGAGUUUCAAGAAUAUUAGAGGGUCUUCGUCCACAGCUAUGGCGGUGAAACUAGUUUGUAGUAGUGGGCUGCCAUGCCAGAAUGUGGAGAUGCAAGACAUUGAUUUGAAGUACAGUGGUGCCGAAGGACCAAUCAGCUCUGAGUGUAAGAAUGUCCAGCCCACCGUUUCCGGUAUUCAAAACCCGCCUGCAUGCGUUUCAACUUCCCCUUAGCCUAUUCUUUUGAACAAAAAACAUAUAGUCUUGAGUAUGUGAUCUCUGAUUUUUUCUUUUUUAAUCUAAUUGUAACGUUUUAAUCCUUUAAUAGCAAAAGAAACAGUACUAUGCAAUCCUUGCUGUU